AUGUCUAACUGGCGCAGUGGCCCAUCUCAAAUUGAGUACUUAAAUAUUGAGGACAUUCCCGGUAAUGUUCGAGCCACGGUUGUUUCUAAAUACUUUAUUCAAAUUCUGGAUCUAGACUUUAACGGUCCUCUUAUCCCAAACAAGCCUCGACUCAACCAUUGUACGGCUAGACUCAUUUUCGAAAACGAUAUUCCAAAUGACUCUGAGGUUUUCCCCGGUGCAAAGCAGGUUUAUAUUGAUCUAGAGUUCUAUGGAGAAUUUGAAUUUAAAACUGUUCGAGGUCUUUUGAACGUUAAGCCACACUGGAAUACUAACCCAUCUCCCCGAUCAGUCAAGAACUUUGAGAUCUCCGUCGCUGCAGGGGCUACCGUUGAAGAUUUCCUUUCAGUUCUUGAUAAACACCACAUGGUCCCUUGUGGGUUUAAUACUCAAAACUCGGACGCGAAGGGUUGUAAGGAUUUUACGUCCCAAUUUACCUAUCGUCUGAUCCAAGAGGGCGUUCUAAAUGUUCCUGCCGAUGGGCUAUUCGAGCUUUUCCAGACUUUUAACCCUAACUACGGUCCUGGGGAGCUGAGCCGCCCUGGAACUGUGGGGUAUGCGGCUUUCAACGCCCAAUAUCAUGAACGUCAUAUGAAGAUCAAUGGAAUCGAAUAUAGUGGAGACCGUAUCUCCCGUGAUUCUGCCGAGGGUCGUGCUAUCGAGUACGAGCCUGCAAAUAUUGAAAUUCAACGUCAAGGUUAA